CAAAUCCAUCAUAUCCUAAUUCCUCCAUCUAUUCUUCUCUUCUCAACCCUUAAACUCAGUUGUUCCCUUAAAGCAGCUAGUUAUGGCACCGAACAACGUGCCCGUGGAGGAAAGCCAGUCAGUGAUCCGACGAGGUGGUCAUGAAGUAGCCUCAAUUCUAGCAAUUGGCACCGCCAAUCCCAGCAAUUUCUUUAAUCAAGUUGACUAUCCUGAUUAUUAUUUUAGAGUCACCAACUCAGAGGACAAGACAGAAUUAAAAGAAAAGUUCAAGCGCAUAUGUGAGAAAUCAUUGAUAAAGAAGAGGCACAUGAGGUUGACAGAAGAUAUCCUCAAAGAAAACCCGAGUAUGUGUACCUAUGAUGCUCCAUCACUUAACGCACGUAUGGAUCUGAAACUUGUCGAGAUGCCAAAGCUUGGUGAAAGCGCAGCAAUAGAGGCCAUCAAAGAGUGGGGCCAACCGAAAUCAAAAAUUACCCACAUCAUCGUCAAUUCCACUGCAGGAGUGGACAUGCCCGGCGCCGAUUAUCAGCUGAUUAGGGCUCUUGGCCUCAAAACAUCCGUCAAGAGAGUCAUGCUCUACCACCAAGGUUGCUUCGCGGGUGGCACCGCCCUUCGCAUUGCAAAAGUCUUAGCCGAGAACAACCCCGGCGCUCGAGUCCUCGUCGUUUGCUCCGAACUCACCAUCCCCACUUUCCGCGCUCCCUCAGAAGAUGACAGUGCUUCUCUUGUGGGCCAAGCAAUCUUCGCUGAUGGUGGGUCUGCUGUGAUCAUCGGUGCCAACGUACCCGAUGAGGGCUCGGUUGAAAGACCAUUAUUUCGGCUAAUUUCAACAUCGGAAGUUAUUCUCCCUAACUCAGAAAACACAAUAGGAGGACAUUUACGUGAUUGCGGACUCACAAUUGUAUUGUCUCCGGAAGUGCCGAAGCUAAUUGGCAAAAACAUUCUGACAUGUUUGGAAGAAGCAUUUACCCCGUAUGGAAUUAGUGAUUGGAACUCCGUGUUUUGGGUGCCACAUCCCGGCGGGGCUGCCAUUCUGAGGGCAAUUGAAGAGAAAGCCGAGCUAAAGAAGGAGAAGCUUAAGGACACUUGGAAUGUGUGGAGUGAGUAUGGAAAUAUGUCAAGUGCAACUGUGUUUUUUAUACUGAAUCAGAUGAGGAAGAGGUCGUUGGCGGAGAAAAAGAGCACUACCGGUGACGGAUUGGAGUGGGGAGUUCUGCUUGGAUUCGGGCCGGGACUCACAGUGGAGACAGUAGUGUUGCAAAGUGUCCCCAUUAUUGCAUAGAUUAUGAAAAAAUACUUGGGCUAUCAUCAAUACUAUGCAUCAUAAUUAAUAAAAGGAGGACCCGACUUGUGUGUCUCAUGCUACUCGACGCCUUCUAUUAAUGUGUGAGACUGGUACCCUAUAGUUAUAAAUUUUGUCGCACAAAGUGUUUUCUAUUUAAUUUAAGAAUAAGUGGCUGACAAAGAAGGUUUGUAAUUUGUAAUUUGUUUUUGCUUUUGUUUUUUUAUUAUAGAAUAAGUGUCAUCGUAUUGUCUUUCUUGAUAUUUCAGUUUUAUGACUGUAAAAGCUUACUAUUGAAUAUCUAGAAAGCUUACUAUGUAAACCUGUGUUUUAAUAGAGGGAAAAUGAAAAUCCCACCGCUCUCUCAGUUUUUUCAGUUU